AGAAAGAGGAAGACGUAAUGGAGUGUUCCCGAGCGUCCUUGCAAUGAACAUCAUAUUAGAAUUAUCCAACAAAUUUCACGGACUGGAGUUUCAAUGAAGAUUAGCUGGAAUGCUGUAUUGACCAAUCAUCAUCCAGGACCGGAACCAUACAAAGUUUAUAAUAAAGUAUUAUGAAUAUCUUUCCAGCGGGGGCCUCCUCCAUGUGGGCAUCAUGUUGCGGGCUGCUGAAUGAGGUGAUGGGCACAGGGGCGGUCCGCACACAGCAGCCGGGCUUUGGGGCUGGUGCCGGGCCGUUCCGCUUCGCCCCUAGUGCUGGAUGUUCCACCUACCCCCCCAGCAGCGCCACCUCAGGAAGUACAGGCCUGGUGUGCAAAGCCUGCGGACUGGCUUUCUCCGUGUUCCGACGAAAGCAUGUUUGUUCGGACUGUAAGAAGAGUUUCUGCUCGCUGUGCUCUGUCCUGCAGGAGAACCUGAGGCGCUGUGCCACCUGCCACCUGGUGUGGGGCACGGCCUUCCAGCGGCCACUCUUAAUGCGACUCCGUGUUAAAGACCUGCGACAGUACCUCACGCUGCGAAACAUCAACACAGACACCUGCAGGGAGAAAGAGGACCUUGUGGACCUCGUGCUCUGCCAUCUGGGUGCUGAGCUUGAAAUCGGAGAUGAUGAUGAUGAGGAGGAUGAAGCGGAGGAGCUGGAAGCAGACACGGAUAGCCUACCAACACUUCCGCACUCUCUUUCCAGUCCGCCUGCCUCUGCUGCAUGCUCCACAUCCCAGCAGUCCACAUCCCAGCAGUCAGCGCUGCCCGCAACCGUCUCUCAGGGAGAAGCUCUCAGUCGCAGCAAUAGCUCAGGGACAACCAGUCAGGACCAUGGAGAUGCUGCAUCAAUUGCUCUCCUCAACCUGGAGCCUCAUGAGGAGAUAAUGGAGGCAAGCCCGGCGACGCAGAGACGGGCACGCGCCUCCCUCUCAGACCUGUCUCAAGAGGACGACAUCGAGAGUCUGACGAUACGGCAGUUGAAAGAGAUCCUUGCACGAAAUUUUGUCAACUAUUCAGGCUGCUGUGAGAAAUGGGAACUGGUGGAGCGUGUCCAUCGACUCUACAGAGAGAACGAACACAACAGAAGAUCCAUGGAAAACGUUAGCAACGUGUCUGCAGUUGUAGCCUACCCUGUACCUAUAUGCAAUGGAGGUAUUGGAGAUGGAAUGCAAGUUGCUCAGCUGGGCGGCGUUGAUGAGAACCUCUGUCGUAUCUGCAUGGAUGCCGUUAUAGACUGUGUUCUGCUGGAGUGUGGUCACAUGGUCACCUGCACAAAGUGUGGCAAGAGAAUGAACGAGUGCCCUAUCUGCAGGCAGUACGUGGUGCGGGCUGUGCACGUCUUCAAGUCUUAACACAGGGCCUCUAGUGGAAAAUCAACACACACACACUGCUGGAUCGAGCAGUAUGGGGCCAUGACUGGACAAAGUGACUGCCCCUGUAUUUUCACACUGAAUUAAAGGGAUAGUUGUCCCAAAAAGAAAAAUUCUGUCAUGAUUUUGAAUGGACAUAAAAACUGUUGAUAUGACUUGGGUUCUAUAUUCCAAGCUUUCUGGAGACAAGCAAUAGCUUUAUAUGAAGAACAUACCAAAAUAUGUCAUUAAAUCUUGACAUCCGCCCUAGUUGUUCUUAAACAAAUCAUUCUUCUUUUUGAGGUUAGGUCUUAUUUAAAGAAUCGGCUGAUUUGCUUGAAACUAACAUAUGAGGGUGAGUAAAUAAUGACAGAAUUAAAAAUUUUGGGUGAACUGUCUCUUUAAAGUCGUAAAUGGUGGCACUGCGCACACACUUAUUUCAAGUGCAAGCAUUUCCUCCUGGCUCUUUUGUUUGGUGAUUCAUUGACACUGUACUGGAGUUUGAAUCAAAUCUGUGGUUAGUAAGCCAGGGAAGAUGGACUGUAAUGGAAAAAAAUAUAUAAAUAUGAAAGAUUAAAUGAUUCCUGUAAACAUUUGGAAAUAUUUUAUUUUAUGUGCAAUAUUAGAAUUCCUUACGUGUGCGUGUAGAGAAACCGAUUGCCAUUAAGAUGCAUGUUGUCGUAGCGACAGUGAAGACCAAUGCGUGAAGGGAGAAUAGGUGCCAAAGUAGAAAUGUGCAGAAUGGCUUCUGGGUUGUUUUUACAUGCUAUUGUUUAUAACCUUUUUUCCAUGUAUUUAAUCUGCUAUUGCCACAAUAUAGCAUCCAUCACACAGGAUCAAACGACCAUCGAGCAGUGAAGUUAUCUACAGCAACGGUGACGGCAAGUUGAAAGAAAAUAUAUUUUCAAAGAGUCACUGGAAACCAGCAUCUGCCGUUAUGUAGCUUAUCACUGGAACCUCGAUUUUGAAACUUUUUGAAGUGGAAAAACAUACUUGCGACUUAAACUGGCCACAUGCCAUGAUUGGGUUUGAUUAACAAAAUGUCACAUUUUAUCUGUUGGUCAAAAAGAAAAAUCUGCUUUUAUCUUCAUCUCAAGCAAUACCAUGAUGACAGAUGGCUAUUUUUUGGUGUGUUGUAUUGUUCCACACAAACCUGUGUGUACAUUUUCAAAUACACUGCCUGGCCAAAAAAAAAAAAAAUUGCAUAUUUCAAUAAUUUGUUGGACUGCCUUUAGCUUCGAUUACAGUGCACAUUCGCCAUGGUAUUGUUUCGACAAGCUUAUAGAAUGUCACCACAUUUAUUUCCAUCCAGAGUUGCAUUAAUUUUGUCCAACGUAUUGUUUAAUGACGGGAGAGUCGAACCACUCCAUAAAGUCUUCUCCAGCACAUCCCAAAGACUUUCAAUGGGGUUAGGGUCAGGACUCUGUGGUGGCCAACUCAUGUGAAAAUGGUUCCUCAUGCUCCCUGAACCACUCUUUCACUAUUUGAGCCUGAUGAAUCUUGGCCUUGUCCUCCUGGAAUAUGCUUGUGCUGUCUGGGAUGAAAAAAUCCAUUGAUGGGAUAACCUGGACAAUCAGUACAUUCAGGUAGACAGCUGACUUAAUUUUAUCACUGCAUAAUUUUACUGAGCCUAGACCUGACCAACUGAAGCAACCCCAGAUCAUAACACUGCCUCCAGAGGCAUGUACAGUGAGCACUAUGCAUUCCUUUCUUACCCUGAUGCACCCAUCACUUUGGAAUAAAGUAAAUCUGGACUCAUCAGACCACAUGGCCUUUUUCUAUUGGUCCACAGUCCAAUCUUUAUGCUCACUAGCAAAUUGAAGUAAUUUUUCCGAUUAGCCUCACUAACAAAUGGCUUUCUUGAGGCCACACAGCUGGGAAUCCCAAUCCUGAAAGAAUUGUUGCCAGCUGAAACAUUUUAAUCACUGCAAUAAUGAUCCAAUCAUAGGCUCUUAACGGAGAAAAUUAUCAUAAUAUGUUAUCAGAGAUUUAGGAAACAUGCUAAGAAAUAAUAAUGGAAAAUAAUGCUACAGCCAGGAUAUUCUACAUUGCAAUGUCCCUUCUAUUUGUGUUUUGGCCUGUGUGAUCCCGCACACUGCCCUUAUCCCAAUUGUAGUUCGACACCCUGGGUUGACAGAUUUGAAUCAAGUUAGCGGGCAAACACAGUGCGCUGCAGCCAUGGAAGCCAGCAAUACAUCUAGUUAACAUUGACAGAGAUAUAAAAAUUCCACAUGAGUUGGUUUAUAAUUUGCAAACAAUUAAAACAUUUCAAAUGCAUACAUUAGCUGAUGAACUUACAGUGUAAUGCUCCUCGCUUGCCAUUGUCAGUUUGCUCAUCCCUGUUGCAUGUUCUCAACCUGGAAACCCGCAUGCAGUGCCCAUUAUAAACACUUGAUGUCAGUGUUACAUAUUGCUCCUUUAAGCAUAUGGUUUUUAUGUCCAAAUUGCGCCUAUCUUUUUCUUUUCUUUUUUUUUUUGUCCAGGCUGUGUAUUUCCACAAGCAGUACUACAUGGAUUACAUUUUAUUUCAGUUAAAUCUAAUGAUUUCCUUCCCCCUCUUUUGGGAAUAUUGAAGUCUUCUAAUCUAGAUAAUGGUAAGAUACUGAGAGGGAAUUGUCAUAUUCCUCUAUAUGCCCUUCGUUUGCUGUGAAUUAUGUUGUCAAAAAUAAUUUAGUAUGUCUGUGGUAUUGCCUAGACAAACAAAUAAUGGAAAAUUUAACCAAUUAAUUGCAUAAUAUUUUAUAUAGAUGUGAAAACAAGAUGUACACCAAGUAUAUGAAUAUACUUUCAUCCGUUCUUCUCUCUCUUUUUUUUUUUGUUUUUUUUGUUUUUGGUGCCCCUUCAGCAUUCCCUAGAAUGUAAACAUAAUUAAUUUAGUUGGUUACAUUUUAAACCAGCCUAAAAGAAAAUUCUACAGUAGAAUUGAUAUGUCUCAGCCAUGUAUUUAAAGUCAUGUAUGUUUUAAUUGUUGUUUUAAAACAUAUCCACCACUGUUUACCCAACAUUGACACUGUGCAUACGUUUCUAAUGCUGCUAUCUUUAAAGAUGUCACAGUAGGCAACUACUCUUGCAGAGCAGACAAUUGAAUAGAGGUCUGCACGGGCCUCUAUUCCAUUGAAACUUGUACCCGAUACCGUCAGAUUAUAAAUUCGAACCUGACCCGAAAUCGCUCACUAUCUUUAUCAAUUCUUAUCCUAGCAAGUACUGUUGCAAUAAGCUAUUUAUAUUUUUGGAAGCAUAUAGGCAACAUUCGUAACAGUACUGAAAGCAGGGCGGCCCGACCCAAUAAACAAACUAAACAUUUGUUUAGGGCCCCGUGAUUGGUUCGGGGCCCCACCCACCACCCCCAUUUAUUUGAUUUUUUUGCCAAUCAAUUACUCUAAUCAACAAAACACAGCCGUAUCAAUGAAACGUAGUAUGUUUCAUUUUGUAUAUUUUUUUCUAAAUUAACUAGAAUUUUCUAGAAACCUGUAGGGCCCCAUACACUAUUUUUGUUUAGGGCCCCCAAAACCCUAGGUCCGGCCCUGACUGAAAGAGUAAACAGUUUUAACAAGGCACAUCAGCCCCUCAGUACACUAGCAGAACGUGAAAAAGCAUUGAUUUACCGUUUAUGUGUGUUUUACUUAAAUUUUGCUUGGUACAGAACAAACUGGAAUAAUAUGAAACAAUGCAACAGUCCCCUCUUUAUAACCUGAACUUGACCAGAACGUUUGGUGUGAACGGCAUCAGUGAGUGAGAGCACGUGCGCGAUUCAAGUUCGGUAGCCCUUUUUAUUUUUUCAGUAAUUACAAACACGAACCCGAAGUCCUACUUGAAAAACUGACCCGAAACCCGUCGGGUCUGACCUCUAAAAUGGACAAGAUUACACUCUAAAUUAAGUGAGCGCUGGAAGAAGUUUUGUGUCUGGUCUUUGUAUUUUGGAAUGUUGAACUUUUUAUUUUGGUAAUUCCAAGAUGAUUUAUUAAAUUUAAUAAAACAUGGUACCUUGAACUAACAAAAUAAAGAUUUUUCUCAUUUAAGGAUUUCAUGUGUUG